GCUUAUCAUAUUCAUCCCCACCAUGAUUUUUUAUCAAAGCCUACGGAUUAUCAUCGAUCUUUUCUAUGGCUUUCCUCUUUAAUACCUCCAACUGUCUCCUCCUCUUGAUCAUUACAAGCUUUUCUUGUAUUCCAUUUGUUUAUUCACUCUCCACUGUAGCUAUUUCUGAGAAUUCUAACCAAACAAUAAUCUGUGCAUUAAUCAAAGCCCCUAACCAACAAGCUUUCCACCUCAAAUGCACAAGUUUCCCUCAAGGAUUUCAAAUUCGCGUGAAUCCCAAUUCAUCGUUUUCUGGGAUUGUCGCAGGAAAGGGGUUUGUUUGUGCCUUGAAGCAGCCGUCUCCCUCGAUCCUGCUUUGCUGGAGGUUCUCCACCAUUAAUGGAGCCGAUAUGAUCUACAAGCGUAUCUAUAACGACACGGCUCUCAAGGAACUUGAUGCUGGGAAUUCCCACAUUUGUGGAAUUGUAAACGGGACCAAUCGCCUCGAAUGCUGGCAGGGGCGCGAAUUAAAUGCACGCAGGGAUCGGAAUCAAAGAUUUUCGAGCAUCGCUGUGGGUGAGAAUUUUGCUUGUGGGUUAUUAUCAGAAAUGGGAAAAGUUACUUGCUUUGGAAACCAAAAUACAGGGGUUGUCGGCAAAGAGCCUAGCGGGAAUUAUAGUGUUGUCUCUGCUGGGUUUAGGCAUGCUUGUGCCAUCUCUUCGGACAACAAUAGUUUGAGUUGCUGGGGAGAUAUGGGCCAUAUGGCGGGUGAGAUACCAGGGGGGAAGUUCGUAUCACUGGCUUUGGGAGAGAACCGUGGCUGCGGUAUAAUGCCUAAUCAACUAGUUGUUUGCUGGGGCGAAAGGAAUUUCACCCUGCCAGAGAGCUUGCGAGCGACACAUUUCAUCUCGAUUGAAGCAAAGCGCAGUAUUUUCUGUGGAGUUUUGGCCGAAAAUUUUUCUUUAUAUUGCUGGGGUAAUGAUAUUUUUGACUCCUCAAACAACUUCAAGGUGUUUGAUGAAGUCCUGCCAGGGCCGUGUAGAAGAACAAGUGAAUGUUCAUGCGGUGUAGAGUCUUUUUCUUCCAAAAUUUGUGGUCAGGAAUAUGGACUCUGCAGGUCUUGUGUUAGCGAAACUCCCUGCCGACAGCCGCCGAUGCCACCGCCACCACCACCACUACCAUCACCGCAAGCUCAAAAGGUCGACAAAAGCAACGGUUGGGAUGGGAGAAUGGUGGCUUUCCUAGUGGUGGGCUGCGUGGGGUCGUUGGCUCUGAUUUUAGUUUGUUGUUUCUUUCUAUUCAAAUACUACAAGGGCAGAGGCUGCAGCCGCGUCCAUGACUCAGGCCGCCUGGACGAGCCCGCACCUGAAAAUGGUGCUCAGGCUGUUGAUGAUCAACCAGCUGCGCGCCCAAUACGCGUUCUAGAGAAGCGGCUGAGCCACUUGGCCAGCUUGGGAAAUGGAGGCUGCCCAUUGGAGGAAUUCUCCUUGGAAGUACUCCUUGAGACCACUAACAACUUUUCGGAAGACAACAAGAUUGGGACGGGCAGCUUUGGCUCAGUAUACCGCGCCACGCUAGACGACGGCCGGGAAGUCGCUGUCAAGCGCGCGGAGACAUCAAUGUCCACGCCAUACGCCAUCAGACGCGAGGAAGACAAAGACAACGCGUUCAUCAACGAGCUCGAAGCUCUGUCGCGCCUCAACCACAAGAACCUCGUGCGCUUACUGGGUUUUUGUGAAGACAGCAACGAGCGCGUGUUGGUCUACGAGUUCAUGCAAAACGGCACAGUCCACGACCAUCUCCACGGGCUCCAAAGCUCGCCGCUAAUGUCAUGGGUUAAACGCAUUAAGGCGGCGCUAGACGCGGCAAGGGGCAUCGAGUAUUUACACGUCUAUGCAGUUCCGCCGAUCAUCCACCGUGACAUCAAGUCCUCCAACAUCCUUCUCGACGCAACGUGGACUGCCAAGGUCUCCGAUUUUGGCCUCUCCUUGAUGGGUCCGGCCGACGAGGAUUCCCACCUUUCCUUGCGCGCCGCCGGCACCGUCGGCUACAUGGAUCCCGAGUACUACAGGCUUGCCCAAUUGACGACCAAGAGCGAUGUCUACAGCUUUGGAGUAUUGCUGUUGGAGAUGUUGUCCGGUUACAAGGCAAUCCACAAAAACGAGAACGGGGUACCGCGGAAUGUGGUUGAUUUUGUGGCGCCAUACAUUCUGCAAGACCAAAUCCACCGGGUUUUGGACCCGCAUGUGCCGCCGCCGACCCCAUUUGAAAUACAGGCGGUGGCGUAUGUUGGGUACUUGGCGGUAGAUUGCGUCCAACCAGAAGGCAGAGAUCGGCCCUCCAUGACCGAGAUUGUACAGUGCUUAGAAAGAGCCUUGGCUACGUGUUUGGCGCACCCAACACUAUCUCGGUCCACGACUGACUCCUCCACGUAGUCUAGACUCGCCACUUUUGUAAAGCAGGCCAUUUUUUAUUUUAUAAUCAUACACAUUCAAUUCUUCUUUCUUUUUUUUCUCCGUUGUCAAUCGAAUCGUAAAUUACGUGAAAUAUUUAAUUGAAACGGAAAUUAUAUUGAUAUUUUUUUAUCA